GUUCGAGGCUGGUUAAACCAAGGGAGGGUUGGGGGAAGCAUGGUUGGAUUCUAUGUUCGGGUCGGGCGCACGCCUCCAAGGAGGACGCGCGCACAGGACCAGCAUGUCCUCGCGCGCCCCAUGGCCGCCGCGCGCACAGGCCCGCCGCCGCGCGCGCGCCCUAUCGCGGGCCCCGCGAGCGCCGCGGCGGCCGGGGAGCGGGGCGCCUCUCUGGCCGCCAGGUGGGCUACCAGGCGCCGCUCACGAGGUGUGCGGGGCCAGGCGGGGUGAGCAGCAACGCGGCCAUGAUGGGCAUCUCUCCGGGGAUGCUCCAGUGCGUGGCGCAGGACGAGCUCAACAAGCCAGUCGGCAUCGAGGAGUACCUAGCCCUGGUGCAGGGCACCAGCAUGCUGGGGUUCAAGCCCUGCAGAGGCUGCAGCUCGGGCUGCGCCGCCGGCAGCUGCUCCGUGCAGUGACCGCGGGCGGGCGGGGCCCCGGGCGCGGCGGGGGCCGCUCGGGAUCGGGACGAAGCAAGAGGAGCAGCGUGGCGUGGCAGAGAGCACCGCCCCCGACAGCCGCCUAGGGCACCGCUCGG